UGCAGGUGCAUAUCGUACAUGAAGACGUACACGAACUGCCUGCUCCAAGGCUACGGAGUGCUCCCGUCCGCGCCGCGGCGGAUCCGCGUGACCGGGGUCCAGAGUCGCCUGGCAGCGGUGGAGUGGGCGAGCCCGGACCGGCUGGGGGAGACGGUCACCUCCUACGACCUGAGCGUGAGGAGGCUCGGGAACGGGACGUACGCGAGGAAGGCGCACGUGUCGAGUCCGUACGUGCUGGAGGGGCUGGAGCCCGGCGUCGACCACGAGGUCUUCGUCGAGGCGGUCAAUACGCACGGGAUCGGGGAGCCGUCGGAGCGAGUCAUCUUCAGGACCCUGGACGCGGUGGAGGAGACGGAGCUGAGCCUGCCCGGAUUCCAGUUCAACGAGACGACGUGCUGCGUCGACGCCCGGCUCCCCGACGGUAAGAGUUCGGACGACUGAGUCCGGUUCGCUCGUGGUGUUCGGGGGAGGGGGGGGGGGGGGG